UGUGUGUGGACACCUGACAAUUGGCUAGAAUGUAUUUGUGUGCUGUCACCCAGCCAUUAAAAACUAAUGUUGGCCAAAGAAGGAGAAGGAGAGGAGGAAGACGUCUACAGAGAAAGCAGAGAAAGGAGAAGUGGAGAUUGGUUUCUAAUAUUUUCUGCGUUUGUGUCAUCAAGGCCAAAGCAUCUCUAGCUCACCAUGUCAAUGGGAAUGGAACUUGGGGGCAUUGCCCUGGGUUUAAUAGGCUGGAUCAUAUCUAUUAUAACCUGCGCUCUGCCGAUGUGGUGGGUCACUGCUUUUAUUGGAACUAACAUCGUCACAGCACAAAUUGCCUGGGAGGGCAUCUGGAUGAGCUGUGUAGUUCAGAGCACCGGACAGAUGCAGUGUAAGAUAUACGACUCAAUGCUUGCUCUUUCUCAGGAACUUCAGGCAGCCCGAGCUAUGUGCAUCGUCUCCAUCAUCCUAGGCAUGCAGGCUGUAACAGUCUCCAUUAUGGGUGCAAAGUGCACAAACUGUAUUAGGGAUGAGGCAUCUAAAGCAAGAUUCAUGAUUGUCUCUGGCAUCUGCUUCAUCAUCUCUGGCGUCCUGACACUCAUCGCGGUAUCCUGGACUUCCAGCACUGUUGUUCAGGAUUUCUACAAUCCGUUGGUCCCACCAACUCAGCGCAGGGAGCUGGGACUCACCAUGUCAAUGGGAAUGGAACUUGGGGGCAUUGCCCUGGGUUUAAUAGGCUGGAUCAUAUCUAUUAUAACCUGCGCUCUGCCGAUGUGGAAGGUCACUGCUUUUAUUGGAGCUAACAUCGUCACAGCGCAACUCAUCUGGGAGGGCAUCUGGAUGAGCUGUGUAGUUCAGAGCACCGGACAGAUGCAGUGUAAGAUAUACGACUCAAUGCUUGCUCUUUCUCAGGAACUUCAGGCAGCCCGAGCUAUGUGCAUCGUCUCCAUCAUCCUAGGCAUGCUGGCUGUAUUUAUCUCCAUUAUGGGUGCAAAGUGCACAAACUGUAUUAGGGAUGAGGCAUCUAAAGCAAAAGUCAUGAUUGUCUCUGGCAUCUGCUUCAUCAUCUCUGGCGUCCUGACACUCAUCCCGGUAUCCUGGACUUCCAGCACUGUUGUUCAGGAUUUCUACAAUCCGCUGGUCGCACCCACUCAGCGCAGGGAGCUGGGAGCAUCUCUGUACAUAGGCUUUGUGGCUGCCGCUCUUCUUAUCAUCGGAGGAGCAUUGCUGUGCUGCACCUGUCCACCACGUGAGAACAGCUACAAGCCCCCCAAAAAAGCAUACACUGCUCCUCGUUCUGACAGUGGCUACGGGAAGGACUAUGUAUAAAAAUCUUUCAAAGACAGGUAAAGAUUAAAUCAAAGAAGACAAAGGAUCUUCUGAAAAGACUCCGACAUGAAGGGCUGUAUAAUGCUGUUCAUAUUUGCUUUGUUGCUCUGUUUGCAGUGUAUGUGUUCAAAAUUGCUUUCAAGAAUGUACCCUUUAAAUGUGGAUUUGCAAUGUGAAAUGGUUAAAUAUGCUGUAAUUACUGGUGAAGAUGGUUACAUUUUUAUACACAGUUUUUCAUUUUUUCUUUCGAUAACCUUGCCCUAUAACUAUACUAUAAUUACUAUAAUAACUAUAAUAACUAUAACUAUAAAUAUAUUUUUUUUUACAUGUAUUUGCUUAUGGAAAUUCGACCAGGGGCCGAAACUGACUUGAAUGAAUGAUGACUAAGCCUUCCCUUGUUUUUAUUUUCUUCAAGGUUUAAAAAUGUAUAUGGACUUCUGUUUUCAUUCAUUUUCAUUUGCAGCCUUGCUUUUUUUACUUUUUGUGUUAAGAUUUUAUAUGGAGUGCUAUAGGCACUAAUGGUUUUCAAUAUCUUAUCUAAAUACUGUUUUUUUUUUUUUUAGCAGAUACGUACUCACUAUUGAACUAAAAUGACUUUUGUGAUAUAUAAAAAAACUGAAAAGGUGUGUGGUUUAAAUGACUGAUUAUAUUUACUUUGUGGUUUUAUAACAACAAAGAACACAGCCUGCUUAAUGGUGGACUGAAAACCAAUAUACUAGCACUCAGAUCUUUAAAAAGCAGAUAUUGUUUGCCAGGGGUGGCGGUCAAUAAAAUACACCAAAGCCUUUAGAGAGCAAGGGGUGGGUAUAUAUAGUAUCUGUUGUAAGGGGGUUCCAAAUAUAUUAUAAGUCUUCUCAAAAAAGCUUUGUUGCAUGAAAUAA